GCCAAACAGAAGAAGAGAGUGAGAGCAGAGCCAGGCAGUGAAUGGGAAGGAGUUUGACUGAAGACGGUAAAAUUUAAUCGAAUCUGCGAAGAAUCCUUAAUUCUUCUGCCUAUCAAUGUGAAAAUCGAAUAUUUCAGCCGUACGAGAAGUAGUGAUAACAUUUUGCGUGCAGUACGCUACUUUUUGUUCUUUACAAAUACAUCGGAGCGUAGGCAAAGAAAAUUAGUUCAGCCAUACAGGAUAGGCGAAACUUGCACUUCUUACUGGAAAAAUAAUCGAUAAUUUUAUUAUGUGUGACCUAUUCUAAUAUUAGGAGCAAUAUACAAGUGAAAAAGUGGUUUUCCUUCAGCUACCGGAAAUUGUACGUCUGCUCUAAAAGUUCUGGUGAAAACCAAAAUAUCGCGGAAAAAUUACAAAACCAGAUACACCCACUUUGCACAACAGUGAAAUCACGGCUGAUAAUUAAAAGGCAGUGUUAGAUCAUAGGUGCUACUUUGCUGGAAGGAGAGAAAGUUAUUGCUUGUCUGCCAAGGAAUCAUGAAUGCUGCAGACCCAUUUGUGAUAACAUCCCGCGAACGAUUCAAGUAUGAGGAACAGUUCAAGUCUCUACAACCGGCCAAUGGAGUUGUCACCGGGGCACAGGCCAAAGGUUUUUUCCUGCAGAGCCAGUUGCAGCCAAUGAUACUCGGACAAAUUUGGGCUCUAGCUGAUACGGAUGCGGACGGCAAAAUGACUUUGGGUGAAUUCAGCAUCGCAUGCAAGCUGAUCAAUCUAAAGCUCCGUGGUUUUGAAAUACCAAAAACGCUUCCACCAAGUUUGAUUGCAUCGCUCACGGCAGUCGGUGGCACGCCUACGCUAACCCCUACUUCAGGCCUUAGCCCGCUGGAUCCGUUGAAAUCCCUUGGUAAUUCUGUUUCCAGUAUGCAACCGGUUGUACCGCCACAGCCGAAAAUGGUACCCCAUGCAGUCCCGCAAGUUAUCCCUCAUGCAGUCCCGCAAGUUGUCCCUCAUGCUAUUGUUCCCCCCAUGCUACACAAUCAAAUACCAACUAUGGGCCAGCAGCCAAUAAUUCCGGGUGCACCCGCGAGGCCGGCAAUACCACCGCAACCAGUUAUGGCAACCGCUCAAGCACCAUUAAUUCCGAUGCAACCAUUGAUUCCCAAUGCCGGAUCUAUUCCACCGAUGAUACCCCCACAGCCUCUUAUUGCUGGGUUCGGAGGAAUGACCGCCGUUCAAUCGAAUAUUGCAAAACCCUUAAUAGAACCGAUCGGUGCAGUCGCUAAUCCACCGCUGGUUGCUGGCGUUCAACAAGUUAUGGCAAUGCAAUCCGUCAUGGGAAGCAUGGUACAUCAACCGGUGGCAGCAGCUGUCGUUCCAGCACCACCUACACCGCCACAUUCGGGCGGAGGAACGCCGCAACGCUCUAUGUCUGUUUCGGAGCGAGCACCAUCUAUCGAAUCUCCACAAUCUGAGUGGGCCAUCAAAGGACAGCAAAAGCUCAAAUACACUCAACUAUUCAACACAACCGACCGUAACCGUACCGGAUAUCUCACCGGACCGCAAGCUCGAAAUAUUUUGGUUCAAUCGAAACUACCACAAGCUAUUCUAGCUCAGAUUUGGGCCUUGUCGGAUAUCGAUGCCGACGGCCGUUUGGGAUGUGAAGAAUUCGUGCUUGCCAUGUACCUUUGCGACCAAGCGUUACAAGGGGAGAAAAUUGCCCCCACCUUGCCCCCGGAGUUGAUCCCACCUUCCUUCCGGAAGGCUACAUCACGACACGGUUCUGUGGUCGGUUCCAGGCAUGGUUCAGUUUCCUCGCAAGGAGCACCACCACACGUUGCGGCCGCCGAAGCUGAUCCCACCUCCGGACUGCCUCAAUCAUCAUUCGAGGACAAACGUAAGGAAAAUUUCGACAAGGGUCAAGCUGAGCUCGAAAGAAGGCGUAAAACGUUGAUGGACAUUCAGAAAAAGGAACAGGAUGAACGCGAACGCAAAGAGCGCGAGGAACAGGAAAAAAUCCGCAAAGCUAAAAUGGAAGCUGAAAUGAAAAAGCAGCAGGAGUUGGAGAAGGAGCUUCAGCGUCAGCGAGAAUUUGAGCAAGAGCGCGAAGAACAACGCAAACGUGAGCUAGAAAAGAAGGAACUGGCCAGGAAGGAAAUGGAAAAGCAACGCCAGCAGGAAUGGGAAGCGCAAAAGAUUUCCGAGAUGCAACAGCAGCGCCAGCGCGAGCAGGAAAAUGUUCUCAAGUUAAAAGCUCAAAAUCAAUCACUGGGCGUUGAACUGAGUACAUUCAAUGAGAAGAUCAAAGAGCUUUCGCAGAGGAUUUGCGACACCCGCGUCGGUGUGACUAACGUGAAGAGUACUAUCGACGGAAUGAGAACAACCAGAGACACUCAGAUGAGUGACAUGGCUCAGCUGAAGGCUAAAGUCAAGGAUCAGAAUCAACGGCUAGUGCAUCUGAGCCAGGAGAAAACUAAACUAGAUGCAAAGAACAAAACAGGAGAAACUGAAAGUCAGUUGCAAUUCUCGAACAAACAGAUUAUAAUUCAACAGCUAAAAGGCAAAUUGGAAAACACAAAACAACAAAUUGAAAAUAAGACUACCGAUAUAAAAAUUAAUAGCGAGCAACUGGAAGGGUUGAAAUCCCAACUGACCGACCUAAUUGAUUCUUGCGAAAAACUUUAUCUUGAAUACGAUAUGCAGCGAAUUCAGAUAUUGGAGAUGAAAAAUAAUCGCAAAAAUGAAACUUACACAAGCGCUUGGGAUACAUCCAACUCGUGGCCCGUGGGUGCAACCCCCUCGGCGGUGGAAUCGGUGGCGUCAAACGAGGCAAUCGAAACUCCUCCAGGCUAUGUAAAAUAUCGGGCAGUCUACGAGUUUAGCGCACGUAACGCCGACGAGAUUUCAUUCCAGCCGGGUGACAUCGUGAUGGUACCAUUGGAACAAAAUGCUGAACCGGGUUGGUUGGCAGGAGAGAUAAACGGUCACACAGGAUGGUUCCCCGAAACAUACGUAGAGAAGGUUGAUACCAAUCUGAACACCGUGGUGUCACCGGUAGCGGCGGAAACAAUUGCAUAUGCAGAACCAACCGCCAUCUCCUAUGAUGCCCCGAGUGCAGUAGAGAGCAUGCCGCCAGAAGAAACAAGUACUGAAUACGUUAGUAAUAGCACUGGUAAUAAUAAUGCUGAUGAACAAUUUACAGCGACUUUCAACGGGGAUGUCGAGUACUACGUUGCCUGCUACGCGUAUCAAUCAGCCGAGGUCGGCGACCUGGUGUUCGAUACUGGCGAGAUUAUAGCUGUGAGUAAGAAAGACGGCGACUGGUGGACUGGUAAUAUUGGCAAUCGCACAGGCAUCUUCCCUUCGAAUUAUGUACAAAAACAGGAAUCUGUAAGUAAUGCAGUAGAGACCAGUAGAGACGCUAGUGUUGUAGUAACCGAAAAAGAUGAGACCAUCAAUGGAAAUCAGCAGACAUACGAUCAACAGCGAAUUCAACCUCUGGAUGUGGGAUCGAAACGGAAAGAUUCGACACAGGAUGCCGAAGACGCUCGAAACCAGGCCGAGGCGGAUUCCGAAGUUUCUCAAAUCAAUACUCAACCUGCUCCGGCACCUGCGGCCAACGAGGAAAAUAUCCGUUACUCGUCAAUGUCCUCGGCUACUCCUAGUUUGCGAAAGAAGGGCGAAGUUGCACAAGUUAUAGCACCAUACGAGGCUACCAGUUCAGAACAGCUGUCCCUUACCCGUGGUCAGCUUAUUAUGAUCAGAAAGAAGACUGACUCCGGUUGGUGGGAGGGUGAACUACAGGCUAAAGGAAGACGGCGGCAAAUUGGUUGGUUCCCAGCAACUUACGUUAAGGUUCUCCAAGGUGGUCGAAACAGUGGCCGCAACACUCCUGUAUCAGCUAGCAAAGUAGAACUUACUGAAACAAUUCUCGAUAAAGUAAUAGCUCUUUACCCGUACAAAGCACUGAAUGACGAUGAGCUGUCAUUCGAAAAAGACGACAUUAUCAGUGUGCUAGGAAGGGACGAACCGGAAUGGUGGCGUGGUGAGCUAAAUGGUACCACCGGACUCUUCCCGAGUAAUUACGUAGGCCCGUUUGUGACAUCAGGUAAUGUAUAACGAGAAUUGUGGACAACUAGAGACGCACGCAGCUUUGUGACAACCAGUUCUGCUGAAAAUGACAUCAUCAAUAACAAUAAUAAUUACAACAAUUGCAACAGUUACAAUAAUAAUCAGCCGAAGUUAUUGAUUCACGUAACUACACGAAAUUGAAAAAUAAUCUAAUGUAUAUGGAUGUGUAUUAUUAAUCAUAACCCAAAGAAAACAAACAAAUCAUAGUUUCACGCUAAGAAAAAGCGGGAUCUCUAUCACGUUACAGUCCGCGUUCGAACUCUGCUAUCUAUCAAUUUAGUCAGCAAAUAAGUUGCAAUUAUUCAAAAUCUGAUCUCCAGCUCGAGAUAUAUCAUUUGAAUGUGAAAAACAAAACGAAACGACUUCCAGUGAUUAAGUUUGCUUUGCUUCACUCAGCCACCAUAUCGAACUAAGACAUUGUAUAAGUAUGAACAUUUAUUAAUCGUUAAUGGUAGAUUGUUAGGUAUUUUACUGUAUAGUUAAUUCAGUAGAUUGUUUUAGACACAAACUAAAAUGUUAUAUAUAUUCAGACGACCAAAGGCGAUGUAGCGAACUUUUGUUCUAUCGUAUCCAGACAUCCGUAUGUUGGCACAGUAAAAAAAUCGACUACCCGAACAAUUAGCAUCAUAAUACCCGUUCCCCCCAAACAGGCAGAACUAUUUGAUGGAACUCAAGCUUCGAAAUAGCUUUCUCGGUUUCCAGAUUGAUGUUUAUGAUCAUCGCUUGAAAGUUUAGAAUUAUUAGAAAUGUAAUGGCGUUGUAAAUGCGUGUGCUAAAUUUUGUUGUGAGUCAUCUUAUUGGAAAAGCGUCUAUUCUCGACUUUCUCCAACAUUUUUUUUCAAUGAUUUUAUUUCGCAUUACUCAUCAUCAGUUAUUGUUCAAGAUUGUACAUAGUAAGUUAUAUUCUUUUAAUUCAACUUGUAACACGGCAAUUCAAUCAAUUCUGAAAGCUAAUAUGGGUUC